UUCGUUUCAUUGACCAAAUCUCCUCCUCUUUCCCAUCUCAAAUCCCCAAUUCUUUAGGGUUUGAGUUGAGUUCUAAGCCCUGAAUAAUCUUGCAUCGAUCGGUAGUUGGAAUCGGAUUUAGCCAACAGCAAAUGGAAAAUCAGAGCGGGUACUUGUCGUACAUGGCGUCGUGGUUGGGCACCAGCGUCGCCGCCGCCUUCUUCGCAUCGCUCGAGCGCUGUUCCUGCAUCAACCUCUCCACCUCCGACGACGUCGAGGACUCCGAGUCCCAGGACCGUCCUCUCAUGUUCACUAAUUCCUCCUCCAUCUCCUCCUCUGUCUCCGUCUCCACCGCUCCUUCAACCGACGUCGUCCAUCUCCCAGUGUAAUCACUACCCCGUCGGUUCGCUCACUCUUCUUCGGGACUGAUUAGGUUUUCUUUAUCUUUUCUAAAUUUCCUUUUCCACCUCUUUGAAUUUGAUUGGAAAUUUGGAAUCGUUGUGGUAUGUUUGAGAUUUCUGUUGUUGUCUUUGCCUGAUAUCUCUAUGCGUCCCAUAUGGUUUCCCCUGUAUGACGGAUUAAAGUCGAUAUGAAUGAUUUUAUAAUGCAAUCAAGACUUUCUUUUGAUGAUCUUGUAGUUUUCUAUAAUCCUGGAUUGGAGGGAUUUGAAUCUAUUUUCGAUCUAAUUCUAAUAUGUAAUAGAUACUCUAAAUUAAUAUCAAAAGAGGGAUGAUUUGUUCCCUUUUGUGAAUUUGAGCCUUGUGUUCAUGUGCACUUUUCUUGUUAUGAAUUGGAAUCUGGGUUUUUAAGAGCAAUUCAUACUUUGCUGUAAUCUGCCUACAAUAUCAAAAGAACAAGCAGGGAAUCGAUUCUGCAGCCAAAGAAUGAAGCAAGGUGUGCAUU